CGUGUGUUGUGGUAACUACGCUGGCACAUCAAUAUUUGGAUCCCAUUACAAGAAUGUUGCUGACCUGUGUGUCGAAGAUCAGUCCCUCCAUUCAGUCCAAAAGAAGAUAUCUUCAGAGAAGCGCCGCUGAUUGCUGGCAUCUACCAGCGAGAUAAAAAAGUCGUCAGCAUCGACAAGUCGGACCCAGCCUCUGUUAAAAAAUAUUUAGAGCACGACCUUGAUGUCCGGCGGUUAAACGAAAUCCACAAGCACCUUUGGUUGGCCGGUUUACCGCAAGCCUGUCGAGCAUUGCAUGACCAAGUCAGAAUUGGGCGGCAGAUUCACAUCUCGGAGAUGGCACAUCUCCACCUUGUUUGGCGCGACAACAUCCUGUACCUGAAGCCGCUGCCGGAUUAUCUUCUAAGCUAUUCUUUCUGGACAGACAAGCUCUGCGCUGACCGUGAACUUUUUGAGAGUGCCAAGGGAUUUCUCUACUCUUACACCUGGUUAAUAUGCAGCAAAAGCGACUUACGGAUUGCACAUGAGAAAGGGCUUGUAUCAGAAACCAUCACAUGGGAGAAAUGGGCCCCUUUCUCUGCAGCUGUGGUGUCCGGCAUCAACGGCGAUCUCAGUGACAUCAACCCGAGAUAUGUUUAUGGUGAAUUACGUCUCACACGACUGAACAUAAUAAGCAGAUUCUGCACAAACACAUUUGAAUUCAAGACUAUAAUUCGCGGAUAUGAAUACGGCUAUCGCCAAUACUCGACUUAUCUCGAAAGGAACUUCAAAUGGGUUUUGACUGCCUUCAUCUAUAUAACUGUGGUUCUGGCAGCUAUGCAAGUGGGACUGGCCACUACCAAACUGAACGAGAACGCAAUGUUUAACCGCGCGUCAUACGUGUUUACCAUGUUCUCCAUCUUGGCUCCAAUCAUCUCUUUAACAAUCGGGUCAUUUUUUAUACUAGUCCUUAUAAUUUUUAAUCUUCGUUAUGCGCUAAGUCGACGAGCAAUAUCUCAUAAGGAAUUCGCAAGAUCUUUUGGAAACGAAUCUUUACAAGCUUAUAGUCAUUGACAGGAUAAUUAAACGUGGUUACCUCACUCACUUUCAUUUGUUUUCUAUUACUUUCAAGUUCUGAAUCUUGACAUUUCUUACUUUAUCCAAAAUCCAUUACACCAAAAUAACUUAAUUGUACUUAGCCCCCGAACUAUAAUGAUGCGAACGAUGACUCUAUAGCUCCAACUAGCUGGCCUUUUCUUUCUUGGAGCUUGUAUACGAUAAACAAUUUUGUCGGGAUUUUUAAGACUUACUCUUUCUAUGAUGCUAUAAAAAU